GUAUCGUACAUCAUCUUGUCCUCGUUCAGUCCCGGACAUUGACCAAGCCAAAAGUUAAUCAGGGUUCUGAGCCAACCUCAACGACCGAUGGGGUUAUAUCUGCAUAUUCCGUGAUGCCUUCCUCCAUUGAAACAGACACGAUGGCCCGUCAGCUCCUCUCGUUCUUCACGCGGGCGCUGAAGUCGUUCCAGCAGUCUAACGCUACCUUCCGUGUGCUAUGCUCCAUUUCCUCAGAGCCUCGCCAGAAUGAGCAUGUAUCACUACCGCCGAGGCAGGCUCCCCAGUUUCUCCUGAUCCUGGACUCAUCUUUCAACCCUCCCACACUUGCGCACCAACGCAUGGCAUUAUCAGCGCUAAGCGAGGACAAAUACGCACACACCUCCCGGGUCCUGCUGCUGCUCGCCAUCAACAACGCAGACAAAGCGCCGAAGCCGGCAGCAUUCCCACAGCGUCUGGCUAUGAUGCAUAUUUUCGCCUCGGACUUACUGAAGUGCUCGAGGAAAACAAUGUCUGCAACAGAAACCGAGACCUGUGUGGUGGACAUAGCCAUAACGACGGAGCCGUAUUUCCACUCCAAGAGCAAUGCGAUAUCGGGCUGUGACUUCUACAAGGGAACCGAUGGAACCAGCGCAGAGGCAGCGCCGUCGAGCCAAGGUAUGGAGCAGGUCUACCUCGUGGGCUUCGAUACAUUGAUCCGUAUCUUCAGCCCGAAAUACUACCCAGAUGAUUCCAUGAAACAGGCGCUGGAUCCCUUCUUCUCGCAUUCGCAGCUGCGGGUCACCAUGCGGCCUGAUGCAGAUUGGGGCGAUGCCAAGGAGCAGGUUGCGCAGUUGGAGAAUCUUCGUGCGGGCAAGUUGGAAGAAUCGGGCGGGAGGAAGGAGUGGGCUGAUCAGGUGGAGAUGGUUGAGGGGAGGCAGGAAGGCGAUGUGGUUGUUAGCAGUACCAAGGUCAGAGGUGCUGUGCAAAAGGAGGACUGGGAAAGCUUGAAGAAGCUUGUUAGUGAGGACUUGUCGGAAUGGGUGAGACGGGCAGGGCUAUACAAGGAGGAGACUACCUGAGCCGGUACAAAACUUAACAAAGAACAGCGUAAGGAAGUGUUGGGCAUAAGACGCAGGACAGUGAUUUGCAAGCAUCUGGGUAUGGGUGGUUAGGACACAGAAAAGUCUAGACUUGGAACCAGUGGCAGAAUACCCGCCUUCAAGGGCUUCGUUGGUCUACACGAGCACGCGGAGAAUGAACAGUAGCAGCAUCACGUUGCAAAGGAUAGGCACGUGGACAAGAUGCCAAUGGAAGCAGCUCAGGGAUUGAUCCUUAUCGACAAGGUCUAUGAAAUUGUAGAAACAUCUUAUCAGGUACCCAUAGCUCGCAAGCAUGUUUUCUCUAUGAAAUUGUAGA